UACUAUGGUGGAUGCAAAAACAUAAUACAAAUCAGAUGUAUUCUUCCAUUCGAGAUGCUUUGCAACACAUUGCCAGUGCAAAUGGAAGUCUGGUCAAACUAGGUUUUGCGGAUACAAAACAGACAUAUUCGUCCUCUCUUCGAGAUGAUUUGCAACGCGUAGCCAAUGCAAAGGAAAACCAUGUCAAAUUAGAUUUUGUAGAUGCAAUUAGGAAAGAAUCCUCUCUUCGAGAUUCUUUGCAGCACGUGGUCAAUGCAAAGGAAAACCUGGUUAUAUUGACUUUUGUGGAUAAGGCAUAUUUCAAAAUGUUUUGGAAUAUGAGACUGUCCCUUCAAAAAAUAAACAAACAUUUGACAGAUAUUAUGUUACCUAUAUGCAAAGAUGAGUUCAGUUUUCGGAAAUUGAAAUCUAUGGAUGUUCGAUGCUAUUUUGCUGGGACUAAAUCAAAUAAAACUGGACUGGCGAGAUAUGGUACAAUGCAGUUUAACAAAGAGACGAAUGCAAAGAUACACUGGUUAUUGCAAUGUUUACAACUUGGAUACAAUACAUUGUUGACUGACGGUGAUAUAUUUUACAAAAAGGAUCCAUUACUGCAUUUAAAUUGUAGCGACUGUGACAUUAUCAUACAGGAAAACAUCGCCAAGGGAGAACUUAAUUCUGGCUUCAUGUUCGUAAGAAACACGCAUGCGUCCAUCCGGGUCUUUAAAAAAGUAGCUAAACUUGCAACAGACGCUAAAUUCUCAACACACGACCAAGUGUAUGUAAAUCGGAUUUUAAGGCCUAUGUUGAAACGAAAAACCAAUCGUGCUCCUAAAAUAAAAGUUUUGGACAGGACAAAAUUCGUCACAGGACAGAACUUUAAAAAGUAUUGGAACCGUCGCUCAGUUGUCAUGAUUCAUAACAACUUUAAAAUUGGACUAGAUCCAAAGAUAGAAAGAUUCAAAAAAUAUGGAAUGUGGUAUGAGUAGAACAACCUUCAGAAUACGUUAGUGCUUACUUUUGAACCACGCUGGUUGAGAGGGGACAUAAUCGAGAAUUCAAAAGAUAAACUGAUCCUCAUGUCAAGUCCUCUAGAUAACUGAAAAAUUAUUUUCCGAUCUGAAAGGUGUCUGUGUUGCUUGUUACCCCCCUCUCGCACCAAACUAGUUCUUACCCGUUCUUGCCAGUCCUACGAAAACGUCGUAAAACGGGCUCAAUCUUCGUUCAUAAACAGUCUUCAAUACGUCCAUCUCAUUCGCAGUUCGUUCAGGUCGCACCACGUCGGUGUGCAACGUCGUAUAACGCGUCUCUUAGUCUAGAAGGUCAUCAUGACCUGAUUACAGAACGGUAUGGUCGCCAUCGAAUUUUGAAUCGAUUCAAAAUUCUAAAUCACAUUCCCCGUCCGGGAAAGUCCGGGACAGUUCGUAAAUAGACCGUAGAACGUUGUAGCUACGUUCAUUCAGUUCGCACGCAGUUUAAAACCGAUUUGGCAACGUUUUGACGAUCACCAGAAAAUUUUGAGCAUGCUCUAAGUUCUGGAGGACCUACUCGUUCUAGUAGCUUCAUGAAGUUUGUAAACAGAUCCCAAACGGUUCUUAGUGGUUUCUUAGUACGUCAAAUCCGUCCGUGCACAGUUUAAGCCCGUUUUCGAGAACGUAGUGAGAACUAGUUUGGUGUGAUAAUUAGUAGGGUUAACAAAAAA